CCCAGUAUGUUUACUUAUAAAUAUUCAAUUUAUAUAAUGUCUUCUCUCCAAGUAAAGGCAGAAUCUGCCUGUUAUUCCUACAUACUAUAGGAAGUGACAUCACAUGUUGAUAGUGUAACUCAGACACGCCUCCCUGGAAAUAAGGAGAGGGGAGAGGGCAUGAAAAGAACAGUGGUGAUUCCAGAGACAGCAGUAGACUGGCAUGGCUGUGUGCAGCUCAGCACGACAUUCCACAUCCACGAGACUCCCUCCUGAUCUGCUGGAUCCUCCAUCCGCAGCUGCACAACCUUGAUGUGAGGCUAGAAAGCGUGACAUUGAGCAGUGCCAUGUUUUCUCUGCAUGUGGCAGGGCAAUGGGAAAUAAGGAGGAGGAGAAACCUGUGCCACAGUUGAACGAUGUCCUGUGAGUCCUUGUCUUUUUUGCACCAGGAAACAAAAAGAACAGAUGGAUAUUACUCUGUUCCUCUCUGCUUAUCAUGCUUGAGUCACAGCUUCAUUUUUAUGUCACAAACCUUUUUGUCUUUGUCUGUUGUUGCUGCCAGAUUAUUUACAGAGCAUCGUGUCGGACAGAUCCAUCUUCUCAAUCCCCCGCUCUUUUCUCUGUGUCUCUUGCUUCACAUCACUUCCAGCUCGCUCGUCUCUCUUUACCUCUCUUGAGCUACCCUCCCCUCUCUGUUAAGCUCUGUUUUUCUCAUUCUCCCUACCGCUCACUAGAAUCCUUGCUCUGCUUUUUCAAAACAUCCAGUGUGCUAUUCUGUGCAGGCACUUUGCCACAUGAUCUCCUUGAAGAUAGUUUUCAUCUCUGUGCUGACGACUCACAGUGCUGAGCUGCUUUUCACCGCUUCAAAGGCAGGAUGCUCCUUUAGAAGGACUGAUCCUCAUUUGACACUAUCUACUUUCCCCUUCCCUUCCCCUACCCUAAUCUCCUACCCUCUAACCCUCACCCUCUUGUUCCCUACCCCAUUACUCUCUUGUUCACCCUGACCCAAGCCUCUGUCUUUCAUUCAUUUCAUUCCCUUGACCAUGUUGCCAUGUGUCUGCUGGCUCCAACCUAUCCUCAUCUUAUUGUCAUCUGUCUUAUGGACCCGGGGGGAAAACUGCCCUACAACUUGUCUGUGCCCAGAUCCUCACACUGUGGACUGCAGCCGACGUGGACUGACCCGUUUACCAGAUGAGAUCCCGCUGGAUGUGCGUAGACUUUUGCUGGCAGACAACUGGAUACCACGCAUCCCAUCGGACUUCCUGGUUCUGUAUAGUGACUUGGUCUACCUGGACCUGAGGAACAACUCACUUUCUCACAUAGAACCAGGGACACUUAGCACUUCCUCGCGGUUGGUGUUUCUAGAUCUGGGCAGCAACAAUCUAACUGAAAUCCCUAAAGGCAUGUUUGGAGAGUCCCGCAGCCUGAUUAAACUCCGACUAGGUAACAACCCAUAUCUGAGCAUGGUGAGUGAAGAGGCGUUCCUGGGACUCACCUCACUGAGGGAACUAGAACUGGAGCGAAAUGCACUGUCUAGCCUAAAGGUGGGAGCACUGAGUCAGUUACCCUCAUUGCGACUAGUGAGGCUGGAGGGCAACCCCUGGGUGUGCAACUGCACUUUUGCCAAUUUGUUUGCAUGGCUGAUGGAGAACAGUCACAAGCUUCCAAAUGGUGUAGCAGGCAUGGAGUGUUCACUCCCUUUGGACGGCCGGCACGUGUCGCUGACCCAGCUCUCUAAGGACAGCUUCCGUGAGUGUCAGACAACCUUGACUCUAACGGACCUGCUCAUCAUCAUUUUCUCUGGCAUCUCGGUGUCUGUGGUGGCCAUCAUGACCAGCUUCUUCCUUGCUUCCACCGUCCACUGCUUCCAGCGCUGGAGUAAAGGCACAAAAGGAGACGAGGAGGAGAGUGAGGAGUGACAAAAGGAUUCAGUCAUUUAUUUAUUUAUCGAAGGUAUUUUAACUCACAAUGACGGAACAUGUCACGCCACCUCUGGUGAUGAGCACUGCCCCGGCACAGUUGUUGUAAUUGUACGUAGAUUUAUGGAAUAUGGAAAAUUAGGACAUUUUUAAUAAUUAAGCCAAAGUCCUGAUGAGGUCAGAACAGUGUGAGAAGUGAUAAGAAAAAAGGUGAAGAAAAGAAAGAGUGAGGAAGAGCUGGUGGAUCUUUUUUUGGCCACUGGCUAAGUACAACAAGCCUACACAGUUGAAGUAGAGUUAACUGCAGUCAUUGCAGUACAUUUUGCAGUCUUAAGCCAGUAAAAAACACAUGUCAACCGGUGGCAUCAAAACCCUGAAAUGUGAUGUUGAAACGCAGGGGAAGGUUUGACUCCAUCAUCGACCUCUGUCUUUUACUGCAUGUAACAUGACAUGUCCACAUACCCUGCCAUUUGCUGUGUCGAAUGUCGAACAGAUUCACAAACUGUGGCUUCACCACAUGUAAAGCUAGUCAACAGUUUCAGCCAUCCAAAACAAGAAUCAGACAAUGGGAUGUUUAGUGGAUGAUUCACUGCACUGGGUUUGAAAUGUGCCAAAACAAUGCAUACCAACAGAAUGUGGGCGUUCGAUGUCGAAAUAUCGAGACCAUGAUUUAUAAACACAAUACUAAAACUGUUUUGCAUAAAGAAGACAAAAUCUAAACAUGUACAGGAUUGUUUUCAAAUUGAAUUUUGCAAUUUAGCAUCAUUGUUGGGUUAGCGUGAUUGGUGGAUCCUAUGAUUUGUAGCGCUGCUAAUCUUAUACAGCUGCAAAUGCAAAUCCAUUGAACAUUAUUUUAAUUAACAUUUUCCUACAAUUAUAGAAUCUGUCUCUUUGCAAAAAUGACUUUAUUUUAAAUGUUUUUUUUAAUAUAUUCAAAUCUCAUUCUGUUGGCUAUUAAAAAGAAUGUGUUUUAAAAACAUAUAGAAUUUAUCUGCAAUAUUUUGGCACCUCGAUCCCCUGGUCAGGUUUCAGUCUGGUCAUAAUUCUUAAGUAUAUUCAAAAAUAUAUGAUUACAAAUGAAUGUACAAUAGAACAGCCUAGUCAAGCAAACAGAUAUUCUGUAUAUUCAUAUAUUAGAUAAUUAACAGUAAACUGUAUAGAAAAAAAACUACUAUCACUUAAUCUUUCAAUUUACGGCAACUACAGUAUUAAUAUAGAAUUUGUGUAGAACUUUGUCAAACAAUACACAUUUAAAUAAAUAGUGAUUCCUAAUUUUGGCAAAUCUCUUAGACCAUUAUGUUGACUUGACUUAUUGUCAUGGAGACAGAAGGAAGAUUUGAUACAAAUUGUAGCGAUGUUUAUACAGGAACCAGAACGUUACCAAGUCUGUAUACUAUUAAAACUUUUAGUCUUGAGCUUAUUGAGCUUUAAAAAUGCUAUCAACCUGUUUUCUUUUUUUUCCAAAAGGCGAGACACUCCCCCGUGGUAGGACAUUAGCGUAUUGUAUUGGGGACAGGUUUUUUUUUUUUUUCAGAUUUUAUUAUUAUUUUUUUAAUUUGUCUCACAGAUGAGGAAUUGCACUGAUUUGUGAUGUAAUUUUGUUUUUUGUCAGUGAGAGAUUUAAAUAAGAGUUUUGGAGCGACCACUGUGAAUGUGUGAGGUUGGAGGAGUUAAACAAUAGUUCCAUCUAGACAAGUUCGGAGGCUUGCAGAAGAGAAUUGGGAAAAUUUAAAACAUUGCCCCUUAAAAUAUAAAUUUCCCACUUGGCAUUUCAUUUUAUAAAGGCAUCCUCUAAUCUGCAUUGUUUCAAAACUGUCUCCAUAGAAAACAUAAGAACUUUAGUCUUUUUUUGAUAAAACUUUCUUUUCCAGAAGGUGUUAAAUUUAAAUCUAACACAUUCUCCUGAAGGAAGUUGUUUUAUUUCAAAGGAGAAAAUAUAUCCCCAUGGUAACUCAGAAUAAAUUUAAUGUGAAAGUGUCAGGUGUCUGGUAAAAAUGAUUCCUUAUCUUGAAAAGCUCCCAUAAUACAAAUGUGGCACAUUUAAUAUGUUAAGUAAUUUGAGGUUAGAAACUAGACAACCGAGCUAUCUGGGUGUUAUUGAAAUUAACUUACUGUUAUUUAAAUUAAGAAAUGUAUUUCUUCCUUCGUUUACAUGAGACAUGGAGAAUUCCGUGCAAUCGAAAUGUUAGGCAAAAAGAAUCUCAGUCUUUUACUCUAGGUGCAAAUAAAUGGGGUCUGAAGGAGAAAGAACAACUAUGUUCUUUUUCUGUUAGCAUGCAAGCUGAAAAUUGAUGGUGAAACUGGUUUAACUUUGAUCUUCUUAUGACAUUAGUCAGAUAUUCAAUUUCGCCUGCUGCAGGGAGCCAUUGAAAAGAGGCUGAAGUACCAUAUGGGGCACAUGAGCCCCAGGUUGCAGACACCUGUGUGAGGCACAUUAAUUAUUUCCUUAACCUAACUGUGACAUUGCAAUGUUUUUUGUUUUACUUAAUACCUUUUUCAUCUGGUUUCAACUCACCGUAUGCUUCCUCCUGACCAUGUCAUGUUGCAGUAUUUUAACAUCAACAUCAAAAACAGCUCUAAAAUCGUAUAAAACAUUUUUCCCUGAAGAAAUUACAAGAUGUAUCACUUCGCUGGUCUUGACACAAUGUGCUUUCAUCAGUAUGUGUUUCUGACAUGUUGUUUGUGCAGAAUUAAAUUCCCAUAAGUGAAAGGAUAAUACUAUUAAAAAAGAUUAAGCAAAUAAGCUCCCAUAAAAAUAAAUAAUUCUUUAUAUUAUUUAUUUAUUAUAUUAAGUAUUUUUCCCUUCAGACAUGAUGAUAAAAUCCCAUCAUCGUUGUUGUCUGUAGUCAUUCAGAGAGAGCUAGAAGUUUUAAAAUAUAUAUAUUAUCAUCAUCAUUUCCAACUACUGUGUAGUUAUGAAAUAUUAACAAAUUAUUAUGUUAGCUUAGCUCUUAUAACUUAUGCAUAUUUCUCGACGUACACCUAUAUCUACACAUUUAUUCAGCCACAACUAGAAGCACUAGGAGCCUGAACUGUUAUGUUACCUUUGGUAUAAAGUUCAAAUCCAUUUAUAUUUUUCUAUUAAAACCUUUCACACAAAGUACAUUUAUUUACUCUUUCACUCCCUGAAGAUUUAGUUGGCAGUGGGCAGAAUGCAGAGACGUUGGACAAUAGUUUCCUAUGUUUAGCCCUGAUGUUGCUUAAACAGAAAAAAAAAAAUCUAAAGAAGAAACCCUGCGUUAUUUUUUCAGAAAAUUCUGAAUUUAAAGUGAUGGAGGAGAGUGUGACCUUGUUGCUGAAUUAUAAUGGAUUUUCAAAAGUCACAGAUCAUAUGUGUAAAUGUAUAUCAAUGUUUGGUAAAA